GUGAUGCCUAGAUGGAUGGUGUUGCUUCUGCCACCGUGGGUCUUGUUUGAUAACGAGUAACCCGCCUGGGGCCGUUGGCUCUGCUCGGGUUGAAACUUUUCCCUAGACAUAGAUUCCAGCAGACAGCCCCCCCCCCCUCUUUCUUCCACACUUUGACGAAGCUGCUGGGGAAAUCGCUGUUCCCAGCCAGUUGAGCAAUGAGCUCCCUCACGACAACGUUCACGCCACCGGCGUCCUGUACCCAUACGGGGAUCGCGCAUAUCCAGGUCAAUGAUGUGCAGUACUACCUCCUCCAGGGCGAGCCGGCGACUUCGACCGACUGCUAUCCGGACGGGUACGACCCGGAUCGAACGGCUCUUUAUGCGCCGGGUGUCUGCCCGAGCGGCUACACCGAGGCUUGUUCCCGGCUCGAAACGUUCGCGACGGUGACAGAGACCAUCUUCACUUGCUGCCCUACUCAACUAGUGCAUUCGUGCCUGACGAGCACGAACGAGAGAUACUCAUGGCAGAGCACGCUGGCUUGCUACAGCACGAUCACGACUGAGCGGGACGGAAAAUGGACCAUCAGCGCCGUGACCAGGGUAUCGGAUGGGACGACGCAGAUAGCAAGGGAGACCGGCACCGAGACGUUUGGCGCCGUAAACGCACACGGCGUCCAGAUCAAGGUCUGGGACGGCGCCUUCCCGACAUCGACGUCAACCUCGGCUACGCAAAACGCAGGGCCGUCUACGCAAGACUCGGGACCGACCGGGGCGCAGAGCGAGGGAUCCGUGCCGAGGGAAAGGCAGGACGGCGACGACGCCGGGGCUGGGACGGGCUUGAGCUCCGGCGCCGCCGCUGGCAUUGGUGUCGGUGCGGGGGUCCUGGUCGUUUCGGCCUGCCUGUUCGGGUUCUGGCUCUUGAGGCGCAGGAGGAAGAGGACGACAAAUGGGUAUACGGCCGCCUCGAAAGGCAGCAGGCCACGGUCGAGUGCGAACGUGCAAGAGCUGCCGGCGGAACCGAAGGAGCCGUCCGUGAGGCACGAGAUGGUCGGCGAUCACCAGUAUCCGUAUCGGCCGGGGGAUCCACCAAGGGAGUUGGAAUCGAGAAUGUGAGUUUGAGCGAGGAGCACUUGGUGAGACGCAUAGGCACGAUGCGAAGGGGUAUGUCGCGUGUCGUUCGGCAUACUGCUUCGUGUACCUUCUGCCCAGCUGAGGAACAGCGCAAUUACCUGUUAGUUUGGGGCCGAAGGGACUCAUUACGGGCUUCAUCAAGCCCAGGCCCGUCAAUAUCGCCAAGGCGGUACAAACUAGGUGCUUCAGAGAAGAUAUGUGUAGAGCCUAUUUUUCGAUAGAACCAGUCCUUGACAUGAAAGUUCC